GGAGAUACAGCCCACACACUUACAAAGAUUAGGCCAACAGAUAUCUGGAGCCAUUCAAAUAUCCAAGGACGUUUCCCUCCACAUUUACUCGAAAAUACUGAGGGGUUAUGGCGAAGUAAGAUUGGGUCAAUAAAAUCGUUAUUUGUGUCCAAAAUGAGGAGAAGAUUCCCUAUUUUCAGUGUUGUUCGUUUAUAUUGUACAGGGAAUGCAGAGGUGCAGCCUCAAUUGUCUAUUGACCUCAUUAAAAUAAUGGACCAAAGGUUAUCAGCGAUUGCGAACAGGAAUGCUCACCUUGAGCGUUUUUUAGAUCAGCCUGAAUUGACACCUUCUGAAUAUUCAACGGCCAACAAAGAGCUCAGGAAGCUCAGAGAUUCAGUACAUCUCAUAAGUGAGUUAAGGGCAAAACAGAAGGAGAUUAAGGAACUGAAAUCAGUAAUAUCUGAAUGUCAAGAUGACAAAGACAUGCAGCAGAUGGCUUCUGAAGAAUUGAGUGAAGCCACAGAAGGAGAGAAGAAAUUUCAGUUUCUCCUUCUGAAGUCAUUACUACCCAAAGAUGAUGCUGACGAGAGGGACUGCAUUCUUGAAGUGAGGGCAGGAACUGGAGGGGAAGAGGCUUCUUUAUUUGCGAUGGACAUAUUCAAAAUGUAUGAAAAAUAUUCUGUGAAAAAAGGCUGGAAGUAUGAGGUUCUAGAAAUAGCUGAGUCUGAUCUUAAAGGAUACAAGGAAGCUAUUGCUUCUAUCUCUGGAGCUGGUGUGUACGGGAAACUAAAAUUUGAGAGUGGAAUACACAGAGUUCAGCGGGUGCCCGUGACAGAGAAAGGUGGACGUGUUCAUACCAGUGCUGUCUCUGUUGCAAUUCUCCCGCAGGCAGAUCAGCUAGAUGUGAAGUUGAGGAAUGAAGAUUUGAGAAUGGACACUUACAGAUCAGGGGGAUCAGGAGGUCAGCAUGCAAACACCACAAACAGUGCUGUUAGAAUCACUCACGUGCCAUCAGGAAUAACUGUUUCCAUACAAGAUCAGCGCUCCCAGCAUAUGAACAAGGCCAAAGCACUAAAAAUAUUAUGUGCAAAACUAUAUGAAAUAGAGCGACUCAGCAGUCAGUCAAGUAGAUCGAAACUUCGAUUGGAGCAGAUUGGCAGUGGGGACAGAUCAGAGCGGAUCCGCACCUAUAACUUCCCUCAAGGACGGGUUACUGAUCACCGUGUUGGCAUCACAACGCAUUCCAUAGAUGAUGUUCUCCAGGGAGAAGAUUUGGAUGCUUUUAUUGAUGCUCUCCUAUUGCGGCAGGAAAUGGACGCGAUUGCAUCAUUCAGCUCCACGUAAUGUUAGCUUAAAACAAUGAGUAGUUACCCUUUAUUGAUCACCCUCUGGUGGAAGGAUUGUGCAUUGAUAAAUUGUUGUUUCCAUUGUGCUUGAAGCUGUUAUAAGAGCAGUAGUUUUUAACCUUUAAAUACAUUAUAAUGGAGGGAUUUUAUUGUUCUGAAGUUUAUGACCUUUUAGUUUA